AUGACGCCAAUGUCUGGAACAAAUUACACUUUGGUGACCAACUUCAUUCUUUUUGGACUCACAGAUCAUCUGGAAAUGCGGCCAUUGCUCUUUGCAACAUUUUUAAUCAUCUAUAUUGCUACUCUGCUGGGGAAUCUUGGAAUGAUUUUAUUAAUUUGGGUUGUUCCCCAGUUGCAUACCCCCAUGUACUUCUUUAUUAGCAGCCUGUCCUUUUUAGAUGCCUGUUAUUCCACCACCAUCACACCUAUAAUGCUGAUGACUUUCUUAGUGGAAAAGAAAACCAUAUCUUAUGCUUCCUGUAUUGCACAGUAUUAUUUCUUUGCAAUAUUUGCCACAACAGAGUUCUUCCUAUUGGCUGCAAUGGCAUAUGAUCGCUAUGUGGCCAUCUGCAACCCUUUGCGCUACACUUCAGUGAUGACUAAGAGGCUUUGUAUAGGAUUGAUAGCUGGCUCAUAUUUAUGGGGAGUUGUGAACUCUAUGAUUCAAACUUGUGGUUUGUUAAGGUUGUCCUUUUGUGGCUCCAGCAGCAUCAAUCACUUUUUCUGUGAUAUCACCCCCCUUCUGAAACUGGCUUGCAAUGACGUCUCUGUGAAUGAGAUGCUGAUAUUCAUUUUUGGCAGCUUGUUUGAAAUGAGCACCUUGCUGAUUAUUAUUACCUCUUAUAUAUUCAUUAUUACUGCAGUUCUAAGGAUUCAUUCCACAGAGGGGAGGCAUAAAGCAUUUUCUACCUGUGUGUCGCAUCUCACAGCAGUGUCCAUAUAUCAUGGAACUAUUCUCUUCAUGUACUUCCGGCCCAGUUCUAGCUAUUCCCUUGACACUGACAAAACAGCAUCUGUGUUUUACACAGUAAUAAUACCCCUGUUGAAUCCAUUGAUCUACAGCCUGAGGAAUAAGGAUGUAAAAUAUGCCGUGAAAAAAGUGCUUGGAAGAGAACUGGGCUCCCAGUAA